AUUUUCAGCGCUGGAAGUGAGACAUCAACAAUGGCUUUACAGUGGGCAAUGACAGAAUUGAUGAGAAACCCAAGGGUAAUGAAAGAAGCACAAGCUGAAGUAAGACGAGUCUUUGAUGGAAAAGGAAAUGUUGAUGAAACUGAAAUUCAGGAAUUGAAGUACUUAAAAUUAGUGCUAAAAGAAACCCUGAGGCUGCGCUUUCCUGUACCUCUUUUACUUCCAAGGGAAUGCAGAGAGAGUUGUGAGAUUAACGGGUACAAGAUUCCUGAGAAAACCAGAGUCAUUGUCAACGGAUGGGCAAUUGGAAGAGAUCCUGGAUACUGGAAUGACGCUGAGACAUUCCAUCCUGAGAGAUUCCUUAACAGCUCAAUUGAUUUCAGGGGGAUGGAUUUCGAAUACAUUCCAUUUGGAGCUGGAAGGAGAAUUUGUCCAGGCUUAACGUUUGCACUACCAAAUAUUGAGCUGCCACUCGCACAACUUCUUUACCAUUUUGAUUGGAAGCUUCCGAAUGGGAUGAAUCCUGAUGAUAUAGACAUAAGUGACGUCUUUGGUAUAACUUUAGGAAUGAAAACAGACUUGAUGCUGAUUCCUAUCACUUAUCGUUCUUAG